GCAUCGGCAGCGCGGGCAGAGGCCAGGAGUUCAGCCUCUCCUGCGCGGCGAACCACGUCCAGCAGCCAGCAGGCCACCGCGCCGCCCGCGGCCAAGCCCGCCCCCGCGGCGCCGGCAUCGGAGACGGGCGGCGCGGCGGACGUGCGGGGCAGGCCCGGGGCACGGGGCCCCGCCGGCGGGGCCGCCGGCGCCGCCGCGGGAGCAGAGGGCGCCGCGGGCGCCUCGAAGAAGAUGGCCGAGGUGGAGGAGGUGGAGGAGCUCCCCAUGGCCAAGAUGCUGCUGGGGGACGAGGGUGGCCCCAAGGCCAAGGACCACGCGGGCGCGACGGCCCCGUCGAGCACGGCGGCACCCGACGCCAAGGCGGCCGCCGCCGCACAGGCGCUGGGCGCCUCGGCGGGCGCGCCCGGGGAUUCCGCCGCCCAGGCGGCCGCCGCCAGGCAGGCCCGCGCGGCCGCCAGGGCCGCCCAGGCCGCGGAGGCGAAGGCGGCGCGGCUCGAGGCCGAGGUGGCCGCCCUGAGGAGCAAGCUCGCCAAGGACGAGCAGGCCAUGUCCGCGAGGAAGGCGGCCGCCCCCGCCGCGGCGGCCGCCCCCGUGGUCGUCGUCGUGCCGGGCGCCGCGGUCGCCGCGAGCGCCCCGGUCGUCAAGGAGGCGAGCGGCACCCGGGUCGAGACGGGCGUCGGCGGCCAGGGCGGAAAGGCUCACGCCGUCGCGUCCGCUGCGAAGCUCCCGACAGAGGCCUCCCCGCCGCCACCGCCGCCGCCGCCCUCGGCAGCCCAGCGCCCGGCCGCCCCCGCGCGGCCGCGGUCCAGCGCGCCCGCCCCAACGGCGCGCAGCCAGCUGGUGCGGCAGCAGCAGGGGGCGCAGCAGAGGCAGCUACCGCAGAGGCAGAGCCGGAAGCCGAAGCGCGUGCAGGCUCAGCCCGCAGCGCUCCACGCCGGCCAGCAGGAGCCCAGCCGCGAGGGGGCGCCCGCCGCCCACGCGGGCGAGGCCGCGCGCAGGGAAGGCGAGCGACCGCCGCACGGGGCCGGGGUCGGCGCGGAAGCUCAGGCCGCCGCGUUGGCGCCGCCGACCACGCAGAGGGAGCACCGGGCCUUGAAGCACUCCGCGGUACGGCCUGGCGAGCUCACAGAGCCGAAGCGAGCGGGCGCCCUGCUGGAGCACCCUGCGGGGCGCAGGCGCCUGACGAAUUCCACCGCAACGCCCGGCGCUGGCGAGAAGGCGCAGCUCGCAGGCACCGCGACGGCACACAAGGCUUCGGACCACACCGCAGAGCAUCAUCGUCCGAAUCAUUCCACGGCCCUGCCUGGCAAGGACGGCCAUUCGAAGCACGCUCGGCCUGCAGCUCGCACGCUGACCACGGCAGCGCCUGGCCAAGUGCCGCCCCAGCCCCGCACGACGGAGCCGCUCUCGGCACAGCAAAAAGCCAGCGGCGAUCCAGACCAGGGCCGCGAACACCACGCCGCCGCCCCUGAGCGGAGCCCUGCCGCCACGACGCCUGCGGCCUCGCGCGUGUCGAGCCCGCGCCGCGAGGCGCGCCCAGCGGAGGCCGGAGGCUCCUCCGAGCCGCGGGCCGCCCCACGCGCGACCUCGCCAGAGCCCGUCCGACCCGCCGGGGCGCCCAGGCCAGCCACGGUGCGGCCCCGCGGCCGGGAGGCGCACGAGCAGGCCCCGGCGGAGCGCCGCAGCCGGCAGAGCCGAGCGCCCGCAGCCCCGCCUCCCAGGCGCGCCGGCGGCGCGCCGCCCGCCGGCCCACUGCACGCCCGCCCGGCGGCGCGCGCCCCGGGGGCGCCGCCGCCCUUGCCGGCGCUCGCCGACGCACGGGGCCCGCGGCCGUGCGGGCACCGCGCCCGCCAGCCAGCAUGGCUGCCGCGCCAGGCGCGGGCGUUCGGCACGCCUGCGGCCCCCGCGGCCGCGCCGCCGGCGCACCCGCCGCCGGCGCACCCGCCGCCGGCAGCCGCCCGCCCGCCGACCGCCGCCGCUCCCCUGGCCAGCGCGCUGGAGCCCCGCGCCGCGGCCACGUCCAGGGCCGGCGGCGCUGCAGGCGCGCCGAGACGCGCCGGCGCGGCGAGGGAUUCCGAGCCGCAGCGCUCCGGGGCGCGCGGCGUGUCCGGAGGUGGCCCUGGCAGCGGCGCGGGCGGAGCCGACCCAAACGCCUCGCUGGUCGCCGACGCCAGCCAGGCGCUGGUGCCCAUCCUGUCCGUGCCGGACGAGGCCGACGCGGUGGCCGUGCCGCGGGCGCCCGCGCGCGCCUGGUCGCCGCCCUCGGGUGCAGCGCAGGCGCCUCUGACGCUUGGCGGCACGGGCGCCAGCAGCCACAGCUUGGAUGCACGCGCGCAGGCCGAUGACACGGACGAGUCGGAGGUUUUCGGGUUGCUCCCACUGCCGGCGAGCUUUGAAGAGGAGACGACCGCGCCGCCACCUCGCCGCCACCGCCGGCCAGCGGCCCGGCGGCAGUGCCAUCCACCACCGCUGCGCCGCAGGGCGGCGGCUGGUUCGGCUCCUUCUUCGCCUGGCUCUGGCCGGAGCCCGCUGCGCAGCCGCAGGCUGCGGCGCCCGCGCAGAGGCAAGGCGCGCGGGCGCCGUCCCCACAGCGCCCAGCGGCGACCAGCGCGAGCCUACUUCGCUGGCACACGAACUUCGAGGCCAUGGACGACCGCCAGCGGGACAUCGCCAUCGAGGACGCGUUCGGCCGCUUUGAGCAGACUCGAGGCAGCUGGAGGACCUGCGGGUCGAGGACGCUGCGGCGCGCGCGGCCGCGAGGCCGUCACCGCAGCAGGUGCAGCGCGAGCAGCGGGCGCCGCACCCGAGCAGCGUCCACGUGAGCAGCUUCUGGAGGAGAGGGGACCUGGAGAGCGAGGACAACGACAUGGCGCAGUCCCUGGACAGGGACAAGGAUCCUCGGACUUGACGAGGUUUGAGCAGCUGGCCAGGCUGCAGGACGGCCAGGUGCGCGACGCGGCCGUGCAGCUGGAGAGGCCCAGGGUGCAGCUGCGCAGCGGCCAGCACUACCCCCGGGUCGAGGCGCAGGCCGCGCCGGACCGGCCGUUCGUGGACGCGGCCGUGCACGAGGACAGGGGGCGCGAUGGAGGCGCAGGACCGCGCGCAGGAGGCGAGGAUCCGCGACAGCCCGGACCUGCAGAUGGUGCAGGUCGGGGAGCGGCGCCGCAGCAGCGGAGAGCGGCCUGGGGUGCCCGGCGGCCGGGCGGCCGGGAGAGCCGCGCGCAGCCGACCACCCCGCGGGCGGCGUGA